UUUUAAAUAUGGUUUUUUAUUCCAGGUGGCGGCUGGACAAGUCGCAUCUCUGGCCUUCUACGUUCUUUCCACUCCCAGCCUACUCCAGAGACAACGCAGUUAUCAACCUUUGGGACAAAAUCACUUCCAAAGGCAGUACCUAAGAUUCCAGCUACUGUCUCUGCUAAAGAUUCCAGUGUUUCUUCCGAUUUGCUCCCUGAAGCUACUUCCAUAUCAUCCUUUGUAAAUAAUCCUCCUCAAGUCUCGCAUUCAACAUACACUGCAUGUGCACAAGAUCCAGGACAUUCUUACAGUGAAACUACAUGGACUCCUCAGUGCACACAUACAGGCUCUUUGACCUGUAGUAAAGUACCUCAUUGUGCUCUAGAAAGUGAUUCUCACAAGUUUUGUAGUGAGUGUAUUCAAACAAGCAUUUUUCAAAAAUCGCAUCCUAUCCAUUGUAAUCAUGUCCACUGUUUUCGUCAUAUCCACAGAUUAUCUCACUCUCAUGCGUGUGCUCUUCCUCACUCUUGUAGUAGUGCUUGCAUAGAGGCUCAUGUAUGCAAACACCACCCCUGCCACAGGUGUGUGGGGAGUGAAGGUGCUGAAAUCGUCCAUUUUCGCCGUAGAGCUUCUCAUCCUGGCACUGCUGCUGAGAUCUCCCACACUUCAUUUAACUAUCAGCAUAAGAUAACCUUAGUUGAUAAAGGCUUCCCUCCUUAUGACAAGGCUGAUGAAUAUGAAGAUGAUGAUAAACCUGCCUCUUUAGAGAAGGAAGCUAUUUUAACUGAAGGUGCAGAAUAUGAAAGGGCUGCUGAAGAUCUAAAGGAAUCUGUCUCUGUUCGAGGUGCUGAACAAGAUGGUACUCAGUCUGUGUGUAGCCCUCCAAGUUCACAAGGAACUGAAGUAGCUGGUCAAUCUUCCAUAAGAAAUAGAAUAUCUGAGAGGAAUGUGAAAAUAUACCAAAGUUUUAGUAAGAAAUGGCAAAAAUUUAUCUAUAAGUGGUCAUCAUCAGAGGUUCCUAAGGACACUAGUAAAGCUGAAGUUAUAGAAAUUUCAGAACCUGACACUAGCAGUAAUAAUGUAGAGAUUGAUGCAGGCAGACAGGUCAUUCUUGAAGGUACUGUAAGCAAAGUAGAUGGUGGGGAAGAUAUCAGAAGUAUUAGAGGUGACAGUGUAGAUGCUCUUCCUGAUAGAGGUGAAACUGUAGAAGUUGAAGAUCAUCACAAAUCAGAGAGUUCGCUGGCAUCUCUAGAUGACGUAGGUUUAACAGAUAAUCUUUUAACUGGGAGCAGUAGUGAUAUUAGGGAAAUAAAAAGAUAUAAAGCUUCACACAGUACUUCAGAAACCAUACUGUGUGGCAAAGCACAUGAAUUGGAUGGUGAUGAAGUCGACCAGUUAACAAUUAAGGGAGGUGGCAAGGUUACAUCUGGCCAGAUAAGUGUGUUAUCUUGCCCCUCAUUACAUCCUGUGGGGAGCUCAGUUGACGAAGCAUUUGUGGAGAGUGAAACUGGUCCUGACAGUUUAUACAGAGGUGAUGUCAUCUCAAGUGAUAACAUAAACACUGUAAGUGAAGACAACAUUGUGUCUGAUGUAGGAGGAAGAGACAUAGUGCAUGAGGGUGACAGUAGUGCUGUAAAGAAAAAAUUGAGGUCUGUUGACGAUGUAAAAACUAAUGAAAAAGUUAGCACAGCUAAAGAAAGAAGCUAUAGUCUGACUUCACUUCUAAGUAACAUUAAAAGGAAAACUAGUGAUGAUCGUAGCAAAUCUGUCUCAAUUGAACAAAAAUCUCCUAGUACAAGUACUCAAAGUACUAUUUAUGUUGAUGAUAAAUUUGAAAAUGUUCAACAGAUCAGUGACAGUGAUCUUAGUGAAAGGGAUCCCAGUGCAAGUGAAGGUCAAGAUGAGUUGACUGAACGUCGUAGCAGUGUUGCUAGCACAGCCAGUGAGGGUAGGGGGUCUCAGAGGGUAAAUCGUAUUGUCUCCUCAACAUUAGGUCAGUGGAAACGUUUUCAGGGUAGUCUUGGUAGUUUAACAACAAAUAUAAAACAGCAUUAUCAGCAAAAGAUAUAUAAGAAGCGUCUUUCAAAAGAAGAUGCUGGUAAGGAAAUUGGUUCAAGUAUUUAUUUUGAAAAGGGAAGUGAAGAUUUACCUGAAGAAACCCUAGACCUGCCAAUUUUGAACGAACAAAAAAGAUCAGGAUCCUUUGGUACAUCUUUGGAAAGUCAGCAUUUUGAGAGGCAGGAUGAUGAUAACUUUUGGAACAAGAAGUUAGAACUACAUGACUUAGCGAUAAAGAAAGAAAAAGAAACAAGUCACAUAUAUUCUUCAAGCUUUGAGAAAGAUUCGUUCUUAAAUGAGAGUGCCAUGCCAGAGGAGACCCAGGAUAACAAAGAUUUAAGUUCUUUUAUUGGGGAUGUGGUAUCACCUCUUUCAGUGAGUGAAUGCACAGGAGAAGUGUCAUCUGCAAGCAAUUCCUCUGGUACUACAUCAUCAGAAGGGGGUGAUGCAUCUAUUCAGAGUUUCUUAUCAGUUAUUGUUAAAGUCAAACCAGAGAAAAAGGUUCAAGACUCUGUAAAUGGGAGUCAAAAUGAGUUGAUGGAUGAUGACAAGGCUGAAGAGAAAACUAUUGGAGAGGAUGAACCAUAUACUGAAGAAUUGAGUAGUAUGCUCACAGAUGAUGAAACUAAAAUGGAUUAUGAAGAGUCAGAUGUAGGGAUCUCGUCAAUUGAAGACAAGGCACAAGAGUUUGAAGAUGCUUCAGAGGAUGAAGAGCUAACUCCUUCUCAUACAAGGAGGCGGCCAGGUGAGAAAAUAUCAAGAGAAACCUCGGAAAGUGAAGAUAUAGAAGGUGAACCUCUCGCAAAACGUCCUAGUCUCAUCGUAGCAGUAGGCGCUAGUGAAGGAGAAAUAGACUCAGUUGUGGUAAAGAGUGAUAUGUCUCCAUCCAAGAAGGUGCAAUCUAGUAUUGUUAGUACACGGAGACUAUUCUGUGAGGGUAUGUUAGGAACUGAUAUUGUGAAUACAGGAGUAGAUAGUGAUUAUAGUAGUGAUAGCAAGCUUUGUGAUAAUAGUAACAUUAAGAUUGAUGAUACUGCUGUUACCAGUGCCUUAGAAAAGAACAAUACUCAUGAUGUGACACCUUUGGAUAGACAUUUGACGAGUGAAAUUCAUCCCCAUGAUGACUUGAAGAGUGAUAAAAAGGUUUCUGACUUAGAAGAGUGUGAUAACAUUGACAGCCAUGAUGUCAAAGUAGCAAAGGGGAUUGAGAGUGAAACUCUUUUAAGGAAAAAGUUUGAUGGGGCUCAGGAGUCUGAUAGUAGGUUAAUAAGUGGUUCACCCAAAAAAGAAAGUGUAAGUAAAGGGGAAGAAGGCGCAGUCAUAAGCAAAGGGGAAGCAGGUGCAGUCAGUCAUAAAGUUAGUCAUGAAGAUGCCUUACGAAGUGAUAUCCAGAGUGUAAAGGCCAGUAGGGAAGUUUCAGAAUCAAAGUCCAUAAGCUCAAAGUUUUGUGAUGAGAAUGUCCAUGAAAUCCAAGCUAUUGGAGAGCAAGAUCACCUUCCUGAAAGGGUAGAUCACAUAAAAAUAGACAGAGGAAUUACCAAAGAAGUUACUCUAAGUGAGCAAGAUUCUGGAGUAGAGCAAGAAGAUUCCCAUGGUGAAAGGGAAGUACCUAAUAUUGAAGAUGGUGCUGUUGCAGAAAAGAAAAAAGAUGAUGUAAGUCAAGAAUUCCCAGAUACUGAAGAUAUUGUUGAUUUCUGCAGAAUUCAAGGGAAAGUGCAAGAGGAGGAAAUGGAAAUAGUAUAUGAUAAUGCUGAAAGUAACCAGUUACACAAUGAAGGUGCAUAUAGCUUGUGCAAGGAGGAGGCUGUAGUAUCAGCCUCUACUGGUGGUCCAAAAAUUGUUGUAACAGGUGCUGUUAAUACUGCUGAUAUGAGUGUCAUCUCUCCACCUGCCAUAAUGCUUGAAACUGGUAGUGUAACAUCAAAUGAUAGCUUGUCAGAGGCACUUGCUCAGACCCAGGAAGAUCUGUAUACUCAGCAGCCUUCAUCAUCCAACCUUGCUGCCCACCUGGGGGCUCAUCCUCAUCGACCACCUACACCAAAGUCUCCUAUCACUGUAGAUGAAUGGGUUGCUGCUCUUCCUCAUCCAACAAGUGUUGACGAUGAUGGUGAAGCAUGGAGUGGCUGCGAACAAAGUUCUGAGGAUUUAGCAGAAGAUUUGUUAAGUCUUGGUGAUGAAGCUGGAUUGAUGGCAGGUUCAGAAACUCGAGGCUCAGUAUCUGCAGCCUCAUUAGUUGGAGGCUCCUCAACAUGUACAAGAGAUUCCAUGAUUGGUUCUCAUAUGAUUGGUGCACAGAAUUCUGAAUCAAGUACAAAUAUAGCAGGCACUAGAGAUCCAACUCUUGCACAACUUCCCCUUUCAUCACCACAGCAUCAUGGGAUGGGACAGCCCUUGUCACCAUCACAUGGAAACCGGCCGAUGACACUUUCUGAUUUGGAAAACACAGUGCAGAAGCAAAUGCCGCCUGUGAGCCCACUUGGUGUAGAAGGUAGACGAUCACAAUUUGCAUCACUCAGAGAUAAACAGACAUCAUUCCAAAGUGAUUUGUCAGGACUUUCCUUACAAAGCAGGUCAAGUAUAGAUUCAUUGUUAGAUUCUCGGCAGGCGGAUCCUGUUGAUGUCUUAUUAAGCCUGGGCUUUGGAGCUCAGUCACAGGAAGGGUUAGCUCGUAUUCCAGAAAGAUUUUUGAAGCCCUCUCAGGUCCGGGGGAACAACAUAGACGAAUUCAUCAGAUCAGAGGACGAGUUUUCAGAUAUGAUGGAAUCUGCUGAGUGGAUGCCCGGCCUAGACCCUCAGGGUAAGUACAAUACUGUAUGCUUUUCCUUUGAUUUUUUGGGUCAAGAUUGUAUUGGCUUAUGCAGUUUCUUCACAGGGAAGAUGGAAUAUGCCCAUGAUUAAGAUAUUUAUUAUUUU